UUCUUUCAGGUCCACCUGGCCCUACAGGAAGACCAGGGCUUCCGGGAGACAAAGGCACCAUGGGAAUCCCUGGACGACGGGGACUAAAAGGGCAGCCUGGAGAAAAGGGAGCUCCAGGAGAAGCAGGCAUGUCCAUCAUUGGGCCCCGAGGGCCUCCUGGACAGCCUGGAACGAGAGGUUUUCCUGGAUUUCCGGGCCCUAUUGGUUUGGAUGGCAAGCCAGGCCAUCCUGGACAGAAAGGGGAGAUGGGUGCAGCUGGUCCUAAGGGGCAGCUGGGACCUCCAGGACAAAAAGGAGAGAAGGGUCAAUGUGCUGAGUACCCACACAGGGAAUACCUAAGUACUACACUUGCAGCUCUACGCUCUAAUCAGAUCCUUACACUGAAGGGUGAACAAGGACAGGCAGGGAUCCAGGGCCCGCCAGGGCCACCUGGUCCACCAGGGCCAACUGGACCAGCUGGACCAGCAGGACAUUCAGGACAACCUGGGCCAAGUGGGCCACCUGGCAGAGCAGGGGAGCCUGGGAAGCCUGGCAAGGAUGGGAAGGGCAUACCUGGACCCCCUGGACCAAAGGGAGACCCAGGAAUUCAAGGCUACUCUGGAAGGAAGGGUGAGGUAGGCGAGGCAGGCCUACCAGGUGCACCUGGCCUUCCCGGACCUGUUGGCCCCAAGGGUGAAAAGGGGGACACUGGCAUGAAGGGGGAGAGGGGCAUGCCAGGGCUGCCAGGAAGACACGGAGCUAAGGGGGUUCCUGGAAUGGCUGCUUCAGGGAUGAAGGGAGAGCCAGGGACUCCAGGAGAAAAGGGAGAACCUGGAGUUCCAGGGAGGAUGGGCCCCCCAGGUUUGCCAGGGAAAAGGGGGCAGAGGGGAGAGAAAGGAAAAGCUGGUGAUCCUGGCCUGCCUGGGCUCCUCGGACUAAAGGGAGAGAAGGGAGAUGCUGGUAAUGUGCUCGGGGGAGGUAAAGGAGAACCUGGACUCCCAGGAUUACCUGGGGCCCCAGGACUAAAGGGAGAAGCUGGUGACAUUGGCCAGCCUGGACUGCAGGGAGAAAAGGGAGAACCCGGUGCACCUGGAGAUCAUGGACCUGUUGGUCCAAGGGGUCCCAAAGGAGAACCAGGAAAGGAUGAAAUGGUGGAUUAUGAUGGUAACAUCAAUGAUGCUCUACAGGAAAUACGAACUUUGGCCCUGAUGGGACCUCCUGGACUUCCAGGAGCAGCUGGACCCCCGGGGCCACCAGGACAAAAGGGUGAAAUUGGCUUGCCAGGGCCUCCUGGGCAUGAUGGGGAAAAGGGCCCACGAGGUAAACCAGGAGAAAUGGGGCCUCUUGGUCCCCAAGGGCCCUCAGGAAAGGAUGGACCUCCAGGAGUAAAGGGAGAACCUGGACUUAUGGGGACUUCAGGACUGAAAGGAGACAAAGGGGAGGCAGGACAAGCUGGCUCACCGGGUCUCGAUGGCCCAACCGGGGAGAAAGGAGAACAAGGUGACCAAGGGAUACCAGGAUCUUCUGGAUUACCGGGUCCAAUUGGACUUCCAGGACUUACAGGAGAGAAGGGAGAACCUGGAGAACGUGGAGAAAAAGGAAAACCAGGGGAGUCAGUAUCUGGGCCACCUGGGCCCCAAGGUCCACCUGGUGCUUCAGGUCCUCAAGGCCUUCCAGGACCGAAGGGGGAAGCAGGGAUUGAUGGAAUGAAAGGAGAGAAGGGUGUCCAGGGUGAAAAAGGAGACCGAGGUCCACUGGGAUUACCCGGUGCCUCAGGUUUAGACGGCAGGCCUGGACCACUGGGUACUCCAGGACCAAUUGGAGUUCCAGGACCAGCAGGACCAAAAGGGGAAAGGGGAAGUAAAGGAGACUCUGGAAUUGCAGGACCAAUGGGACCAGCUGGGCUUCCUGGUUUACCAGGCCCACCUGGUGACAAAGGAAACCGGGGGGAGAGGGGCAAGAAAGGCUCUAGAGGGUCUAAAGGGGAUAAGGGAGACCAAGGAGCGCCUGGAUUAGAUGCACCCUGUCCAUUGGGGGAAGAUGGCUUGCCAGUUCAGGGAUGUUGGAAUAAGUGAUGGUUCUAACCAUGGACUGACCUGUGUGUGUUUUUGUACAUAGAAUAUUUAUUUUUAUACAGUGUUCUUCUCUGAAAUGCCAAAAGUUAUGCAUUUUACAAAUUAUCAAAAAACUGCAUAUUUUUUGUACAGAAAAUACUAAUUUUCCCUUUUUCUGUUUGUCAAUUCUUUGUGUAUUUCUAUAGCUAUCUUAUGCUUAUUUUGUUGUGGAGUACAGCUGUAAUAUUUGCAUGAUAUUUGUGCACACUUGAUAACUAUUGGAACUUAAUAAAUUAUUGCAUUAAAGUACCAAAAGGAACUAUUUCA